ACGUAAGCCACGUUCUCUUGACGAAUUGCCAAAUUGGAAGUCAACGGAAUUCCGGCAAUUUCUUCUGUAUAUUGGUAUUAUUGCUUUUAAAAAUGAAAUUUCUGAUGACCAGUAUUAUGAAUUUCUUCUCUUGCAUUGCGCAUAUAGACUUUUGUGUUGCCCAAGGCUUCGUGAGGCAAACAUGCAAAUUUCGCAAAAUAUGUUAACUCUUUUUGUACAAAAUUUUCCUUUAAUAUUCGGUGAAAACAGUGUUUCAUAUAAUGUUCAUAGUUUACUGCAUGUAAAAGAAACUGUAGAACUAGUGGGUGAUCCAAUUGCAGGUUCGUGCUAUGCUUUUGAGAAUUAUUUACAAAGCCUUAAACGUGUUGUACGAAAACCCACUCAAAUUCUUCAACAAAUUUUUAGGAAAGUUGUAGAAGAUACAAUUAAAAUUCCAAUUAGUUCAGAGCAGCCAAAAUUAUUAGGAGGUAUAUGCAUUUUUAAAGAUUUUAUAUUGAGUUCAAAAAGUCCAGACAAUUUUUGUUAUAUUAAAGACAAUAUUCCAAUUGUUAUUCAAUCACUUAGUGAUGAUCAAAUAAUUGGAAGAAAGCUAAAAAAUAUUCGGAGUUUUUUUUACGAACCUUUAGAAUCAGAAUCGAUAGGAAUAUAUAUAGUUGACUUAGAAGCAAGUGAUGUAGAAGAGGCUUUCACUUUUCUAGAAGUUCAAUGUAAGGCUGUUGGAAUACCGUAUGAGAAUGAUUUAGUUUUAGUACCAAUGCUCCAUUUUUAAUUUUCUUUAUUUUUCGCGAUAUUUUUAUUAACUAAUUAUAUACAUAUAUUGAAUAUUAUAUAUGAAUAUUAUUAAAAUAAAGUUGAAAUCAUUAAAAUGAAAUCAAUAAAACGUAUGAGCUUUAAUGCUGAAGGUAUGUAUAUGUAUAACUAAAUAUAAUUAUUUCAAUAUUUUAAGACUGAACUUUUACAAUAUUUCAGCUAAAGACAGAAAGGAAUGCAAUUGUCAGAUGUUCCAAAAACGCAUGGAAGAAAUGUUUGAUGAUAUGAAAGAAACUAUGCUACAGGAUAACAAGCUUUUAAGAGAUCAACUCCGAAUUUGCAUGGAAGCAGUAGUCGAUAUGAAAGUGGUUGUAAAUAAGUGGAAUCGCCACAUUGCUGAGGAAACUGUUUUAACAGCAAAAUUUCCAUUGUCAAGUGUGGAGGAGGUAGAAUGUCUAAAUGCAGAAAUAAAUAACGACAAUCGUGAAUGUUAUGUAAAGACUAUGAAAUCCCUUUUUAGACCAGCAGGGGUGGUUAAAAAUCUUAAAGAGAUAUUGACGGACGCUGUUGUCCAAGAAUAUAAUAUUGAUGGAAUUCAUGGAAAAAAAUCUUUAAGAAGUCUGGAGAAUUUUUACUCCACCCUAAUAGAAUCAAUUCCAGUUAGCGAUGACUUCGAGCCGGCCGAAAAACAAUUGCGCAAAGCAAUUCAGCUACAAAAAAAUAGAAUAAACAAAGCAAAAAGUGUACAUAAAAAUAAAAAUAAAUCCGAACAUGAUAUGAAUAUUGACAUAUAAAAAUUGUAUCCUGUAUUAUUAAAUGAGGAAUGAACUAAGUAUGUAAUGAGAUAACUAGUGAAAUAUAUAAGGUGGUAUGUAAUGAGAUAACUAGUGAAAUAUAUAAGGUGGUAGGUAGUGAGGUAACUUGUGAAAUAUAGAAGGUGGUAGGUAGUGAGGUAACUAGUGCAAUAUAGAAAGUUAUAAGUGGUGAAGUAGCUAGUGAAAUAUAGAAGAUGGUAUGUAGUGAGGUAGCCAGUGAAAUAUAGUUAGUGAUAUAUGAUGAAGUAUCUAGUGAAGUAUAGGUGGUGAAUCACUAGUGAAUAGUGUAAACUGGUUACCGCCAAUGACAUCGCCGUGUUAAAUUCAUGAGUGAAUUGCAUUGCCGGUAUUAUGGUGGGUAACCAGUGGUGGUUACCAGUAAGUAGUGAACUCACUAGUCUUUCACUAAUGAGCCGAACU